UUGACAAAAGUGACGUGAGUUGUGUUUACGUUUGCUCGAGCAGCUUCUGACAUCGAGUUGACGGUACACGCUUCUUCAAAACACGGGCUCGAGCAGUUGGGUGAAUAAAGCCUUCUUGAAGAUCAUAACAAAAGCACGUGCGUGCUUUCGCGGUAAAUUAAUUUACGUUUGUAUUGUAAAACAAUCAACAAAAAUGUCACAGUUCAAAAAAACAGAUAGUAAAAUAUAUUCCAAAACCCCGACAGUGUUGUCACAGGACACUAUUUACUGGAAAAAGCUAGGGGUGCCUACGUUAGUGAAAGAAUUCGGAGCCAUCGACUAUAUCGAUUUCAGUCCUGUGGAACCCUAUCUAUUUGCAGUGACUGCAUCGGUUAGGGUGCAGAUCUAUAAUCCCAUCACAAAGUUAGUGGUGAAAAAUAUUACAAAGUUCCAGGAAGCGGCACACGGUGGAGCAUUUCGCAAGGAUGGCAAUUUACUUGUAGCAGGAGAUGAACUGGGAAAAGUGCGGCUUUUUGAUGUUACCACGAGGACGAUCUUGCGAUUCUUCGAGGGGCAUAAAGCUCCAGUCCACCGCACGUUCUUCACCUGCGACGGUCAUCACGUGGCUAGCUUCUCAGAUGAUCGAACCGUGCGCUACUGGGACAUUGCAACGGAAAAGCACUUACAGACAUUCUCCGGCCACGAGGACUACAUUCGCGCCGGUUGUACGAGUCCAGUUAGUCCUAAUAUCAUCUUCUCCGGGGGAUAUGAUCGCAAAAUUCGAAUGUUUGACACCCGAGUAGAGGAUUGUGUCAUGACCGUUGAUCAUGGUCAGCCAGUGGAGUCAUUGGUGUGUCUGCCGAGUGGUGGAAUAUUCAUCAGCGCCGGUGGUACAUCCGUCAACGUUUACGAUGCCCUCGGAGGAGGGCGACAGAUGGCGCAGCUCUCACAACACCACAAAACAGUUACCUGUCUUCAGCUGGCCAGCGAUGGUAAGCGUCUUUUCUCUGGUAGUUUGGACCGCCAUGUCAAAAUCUACGACAUUGCGACGUAUCAGGUGGUCCACACUAUCGAUAGUUCGAAUGCUAUCCUGAGUCUUGGUAUCUCAAAGAAUGACGAAACGCUCGUCACGGGUAUGGUCGACGGGCUGAUGGCAAUUUAUCGACGAGAAGGUGACCCACAGGAUAAAGACGACCAGCAAGAUAAACGCUCACGCUGGAGGCAACUCCAUAACUUCGGACAAGCGCCUGAUCAGCAACUGGACCAGUUCCGCUAUGAGAGAAUGGAAGGAUUCGAUCGAAUGCUGCGAAAAUUUGAAUACAAGAAGGCACUUGAUGCUGCAAUGAUCCCCAAAAUGGUAAACAAAUAUCCAGAGAAAACGAUAGCACUGUUAAAGGAACUGAUCCGAAGAAAAGGGUUACAUCGGGCGUUAAGUGACCGCGACCACAAUAAUCUGGUACAUUUCAUCACAUUUCUUAUUCGUCACAUCGGCAACCAUCGGUUUACUCCGGUGGUUGUCGAUGCAGCCAAUGUUUUGCUCGACGUAUACGGCGAGAAGUACGAACAACUUGCUGGUACUUUGUUUGGCGAGGCAUUAGUUAAACUGUUGAAAAAACUGAAUGAAGAAGAACAGUUGGUGCACGACUUUGAGAGUCUGCUAGGAAUGCUUGACAUGAUUUCGAUUGCAGCGGAUACAGGCGAACCAGAAAAUCUCGAUGGCGGGUCUUCGCCGUAUGAUGUGUCUUUGAAGGCGAAAAAUCAAACAAUUAUAACGGUGGAUUGACCAUCACGAAAACGAACUAGA